AUGGACAGCAACGCCAUUCAGAUAGCAGUUCGCGUGCGACCAUGGCACCCCGAAAAGGAGCUCCCCUUCGUUCAGAAAGCAACACCGCAGCCGUUCUUCCAGGGAGAUGGAAAUUUUGGGCAAUCACCUGCGAAAGUCGCGACUCAAGGGUCUCUCCGUGAAGUCGUCGAGGUCGUCGAUCACAGAAUGCUAGACUUUGACAAACCUCAAGUGGAUAUGAGUGCCGGAAGGAGAACAGGACCUAUCAUGGGCAGAAGGUACAAGAACAGAAAAUAUGUCUUCGAUCAAGUGUUUGGAAUGGAAGCAAGUCAGGAGGAGGUAUUUGCCAAGACUGCGAAGAGUCUGUUGCCAGGCGUAGUCGAUGGGUAUAAUGCCACUGUUUUUGCCUAUGGCGCCACCGGAUGCGGUAAGACGCAUACCAUUUCCGGUACAGAAGAGCAGCCGGGUAUCAUCAUUCGGACUAUGCGCGAACUCUUUGACCUUGUGGAAGAGACCAAGGACAAAUUCGACACCUACUUUGAGAUGUCCAUGGUGGAAAUCUACAACGAGACCAUCAGAGAUCUUCUCCAUGACGACUACCCGAGCUGUCCCCACGGCGGCCUCAAACUGCUGGAAAAUGAGAAGGAGAGAGUGACCAUCGACAAAGUGACCCUCCGCCGUCCCACCUCCGUCGAGGAAGUGAUGGAGCUGGUCUUGCUGGGCAAUGAGAGGCGAAGCACCUCUUUCACCGAGAGAAACUCUGAGUCUUCGCGUUCCCACCUUGUACUCCAGAUCAACGUCGGCAGAAACGAGAGAGGUACAGAUAUUGACGUGGCAAACUCUGUGGUCCGACAAUGCUCCACCUCUGCUACACUGUCCAUCAUCGAUUUGGCGGGCAGUGAGAAAGCGUCUGUCAACAGAGGGCAACGGAUGAAGGAGGGUGCCAACAUCAACAAAUCCCUUCUUGCCUUGAGCAGCUGUAUAUCUGCUUUGUGUCAGCGGCCUGUACGAGGGGCUCGGGUUCAUGUGCCCUACAGAGACAGCAAACUCACACGGCUGCUGAAGUUUUCUUUGGGAGGCAACUGUCGAACUGUCAUGAUCAAUUGUAUCUCACCGAGCUCCAGGGAUAUCGAGGAGACCAACAAUACACUUCUCUGGGCCGAUAAAGCGAAAAAGGUUUCGACCAAGGUGUCUCGCAAUACGGCUGGGGUCGAGCUCCGCACUGCCCAAUGGCUGCAGAAGAUUGUAACUCUUGAAGAGACGAUCAAGACUCUUCGAGGCCAAUUGAACAAUCAACAAAGUACCAAGUCUGGUCUACAGCAGAAGCGCCUGGACAAAGCCACCGUAGAAUCGGAAGAGGAACUUGGCCGAGUACAGUCUGAACUCGAUGCUCUUCUGCCGGUGAUCGUGGAGGGCUCCGAGAUGGACGCACUCUGGAACGCGUCAGUCCUUCAGGUGGAAGCUCUUGACGCAAGAAUGGAGGAUAUCGGUGUGGAGGUGAAGGGUGGGAGACCAGAGGAGGACGCGAAGAGGGAGAAAGAUCACCUGCGAGCUCUCAUACAGCAGCAAGAUGAUUCCUUCCGCUUCAACAAUGAGAUUCAAGCCGGUGUUCAAAGCAAAAGCCUCAAGCACAUCACUCUCGCCAACUUGCUGAAGAAGGCUGAGGAGCGGCAAUUUGGGGAUGAUAUGAGCGAAGCCAUGUACAAGCAUCAGCUCAAGGUGGCUGAGCACCGGGCCCAUAUCGCCAGGAGUGUGGCGGCCGCCAGAGAGCGAGGUCUGCGUGACUAUAUCUCGCAGCAGGCUGAAGCCCUGACCAAAGCGGCUUCUACUUUAUCAAGGUUCUCAACCACUAUUCGCUCUGAAGCUGCAGCUGUAGACUCUUUGCAGUCACUGGACGAUCUUGCAGCUUUCAGGGGGCGUAUGCACUCUAUGGGCCGACAGGUCGACCAUAGCGUGGCUGCCGUGUUUGGUACCGACACUCCCCAUCCUCUUCCACUUCCUCAUAAUCUUUUGCCCCUGUCAAUUCCGGCUCCGUCUCCUCGCCGUGCUUCACUUGGAAGACACCUUUCACGUCCCCCGUCGCCCAAGAGCGGUCUGCGCAAAACCCCCUUCCCUGCACCAGAUGCACCAAAGGAGACGAAGAAGCAACUGCGCUGGCCGGACCAGACAGGAGAGGGCAAGAUCGAUGACAGAUCUAUCGCUCUUGACUGUCCAGUGUUCACAAGUCCUAGUGUCAGUAUAGAUGGGAUGGGCUCUGCGGCGGAUAGGAGCUUAGACAUCGCGAUAAAGGAUGAGGACAGGUCAGAGUUGGUGCCCUCGGCUUUACGACCUGAUCCUGCUCCUACAGCAGCUUUUGCGAAUACUUCCUUGCUCUCCUCACUGGCAACAGUCAAGGGCACAGAGGACGUACCAGCUUGGAAGCAAAUGAGAUUGGAACGGGGCCUUGGUUCACAAGCCGACAAUUCGGGGGAUCUCAGUGUCUCGUCCAAUUCUCCUCUGGGCGCUAGUAAACCCGGCACCAAGGGGCUCUCCACCAAGCUCCACAGACCUGGCCCUCUUGGCGAGCUUUCUUUACAGAUCCCUGCCCACCCUUCUCCCCCUUCAACUUCUUCUGUGACCAACCUCCACAAAUCCUCGAUAACAUCGGCCGGCAAGGCCGGAGGCUCGUCAGCGUUCGCAAACAUCAAGAUUAGCAUGCCAUCUAGUGAUGGUACCAUGCCCCCUCCCCCAGUACUAGGUCAUCGCCGAGAGUCUAUGAUCGGUCCAGCAAGGCAUGACCGGCCGAGGCAAAGGUUGAGCAUGAUCCCGAGCCAUGGCGAGACAUCGUUCUCUGGUUUCUCUCAUUUAGGAAAGGGUUUGCCGAGUGGUAUGUCUGCAUUAUCAGGAGGUGCUAAGAGGCUAGGGAGUGAUGGCAAAAGGCGAAUGUCUGUCCAAGUUGGUCAUUCUACGUCGACAGGAUCGCCUCCCGUGCGGGGGCCAGCUCUCGGCUCUAGGCCUUCUAUGAGCAAUUUCAAAGCUGCAGCUUCCUCGCCAGGGAAUACCAGUGGCAUCCUCUCAGCAUCCCGCGGGCUCUCCUCAAGAGCAUCUGUCAGCAGACUCAACGCGGGUGACACCUAUGCAAUCGGGGCUAUCCCAAGACCAAGCCUGAGCUCCAGACCUUCAAUGGCUAGGCUGAAUGCGGGCGUAGCUGUGGGAGACGCGACUGGGCGGCCAGCAUGGAGAUGA